CGGCAGCGGCGGCUCGCGCUCCUUAUGGCUGCGCCGCGGCGGCCGGCCCCUCCUCUGGCCGCUUCCCUCGCUGCGCUGCCGGCCGGCGCUCCCCGCACGCGGUGCCGACGCGCCCCGCUCCGCUCCGCGCCCUGACCCCGCCGCGAUGAGGUGCCACUACGAGGUGCUGGGCGUGAAGCGUGACGCCGCCGACGAGGACCUCAAGCGGGCGUACCGGCGGCUGGCACUGCGCUGGCACCCGGAUAAAAAUCUAGAGAAUGCUGAAGAAGCAGCAGAACAGUUCAAGUUAAUCCAAGCAGCAUAUGAUAUUCUCAGUGACCCACAGGAAAGAGCCUGGUAUGAUAAUCAUAGGGAAGCUUUACUGAAAGGAGGGGUUGAUGGAGACUAUCAAGAUGACAGUUUAGAUCUGCUGCACUACUUCACUGUUAGCUGUUAUUCUGGAUUUGGAGAUGAUGAAAAGGGAUUCUUUACAGUAUAUCGACAAGUUUUUGAGAAGAUUGCAAAAGAAGAGAUGGAAUAUAUGACCCAGGAAGAUGCUGAAGAAUUCCCUAUGUUUGGAAAUUCCCAAAGUGACUAUGAUGAGGUAGUCCACCCCUUCUAUGCAUAUUGGCAGAGUUUCUGUACUCAGAAAAACUUUGCUUGGAAAGAAGAGUACGACACACGGCAAGCAUCAAACCGCUGGGAGAAACGAGCUAUGGAAAAAGAAAACAAGAAAACGAGAGAGAAAGCAAGGAAGGAGAGGAAUGAACUAGUCCGUCAGCUAGUUGCCUUUAUUCGUAAAAGGGAUAAAAGAGUACAGGCUCAUAGAAAACUUGUAGAAGAACAAAAUGCAGAAAAAGCUAGGAAAACAGAGGAAUUUCGGAAGCAGCAGAAACUCAAACAGGCAAAGCUUGCUGAACAGUAUAAAGAGCAGAGCUGGAUAGCUAUGUCGGAUCUGGAGAGAGAAUUGCAAGAGAUGGAGGCACAGUAUGAAAAGGAAUUUGGAGAUGGAUCAGACAAUGAAGAUGAAUUAGAAGAACAGGAGAUAAAAGAAGGAAUAGAAGACAAGUUGAGUGAUGAGGCUGAAGAAGCAGAAUGCGUUGAUGAGCUCUACUGCCCUGCUUGUGACAAAUUGUUAAAAACUGAGAAAGCCAUGAAGAAUCAUGAAAAAUCAAAGAAGCAUCGAGAGAUGGUAGCACUGUUACGGCAGCAACUAGAAGAAGAAGAGGAAGAAUUUUCUGUGUCUUUGGAUGAUGCAGAUGGAAUAAAUACCAAAGAGGAGGAAGAAACAGAAGAGACACCCAAACAGAAGCUCUCUAAGAAGCAAAAGAAGAAACAGAAAACAAUGACGACUUAUGAGGACUCUUUUGAUAAAAGUGCUGAUGAAGAACCAGUUAAACAAAAGGAGGCUCCCAGGGCAGACAAGGAUGGUGGCUCAGCAGAGGAGCUGGUAAAUGAUGGCCAAAGAUGUGCUGCAUCAGAGGAAAUGAGUGCUACAGAAAAUGUCAGCCAAGUGAAUGAAGCAAAAAGUGAAGUAAAAAGCACUACCAAGUCUAAAGGGAAAAAAGCCAAAGAUGCAAAAAAGUCUGCUAAGGCAUCUUCAGAGCACCCAGCAAUGAGUGAAGUUCCCAUCCAUUGUGUAACCUGCAACUGUGCAUUUCCAUCUCGGAAUAAACUGUUUGAACACCUUAAAGCCACAGGUCAUGCAAAAGCAACACAAGCACCAGCUAUAAAUGGAGCGGUACACACCAGAAACAAAAAAGAGAAACGUAAAAACAGAUAGAACUUUGUUACAGUGACAGUCUACAAAAUCUUACAUGAAAGCGCUCAGAACUGAAAGGUGCCGAUUUCCUGUAGUCCGAGCUAAACAGAGAAGGCAACUUUGAGUUUGGGGAAAAAAAAAGGAAGAUGCAACAAAAGGAACAUUAUCUUGUGAAGCAACCCAUGCUGACUUUCGGUUGUACCAGCCUUUCUUCAGUGGCUGAAUGUGAUCUACCAUCCCAGCAGCUUUCAGGUUAGGAUGGUGGGGGAGGAAGCAGAAACUCAAAGCCAGUCACCUUGCAUACCUCCUGCAUGGAUAAAGUACCCAGUCAGAGGAAAUAAAUUAUUUUAGCACUUAUGUUGCUUUUUCUUUUUUUCUUUAAAAAAGGCUCAGCUCAUGUUGAGUGUAACUGAUUUAAAGUCAAAGAAUGGACUGUGCUGCUUUGAUCAUUGAUCAAAAAUGAAAUGUAAACAAGAAAGAGAGGCUUUUCUGCUAUUCACAAGCACAUCACUGUUCAAAUUACUUAAUCUGAAAGAAAUACUAUCAUUAUGCUAAAGUUGGUUAACCGUAUUUGAUAUUCAGCUGAUUUUGUACAAGCCCCUCUGGAGCUGGAAAAAAAUAUUGUGGGAGAAUUUUAAUAAAUUAAGUAAAGGGGGAAAUAAAUAAA